AUGAAAAAUAAUACAAAUUUUUCAAUACCAAAUGAUUAUCGAAAAUGUACUUUUACAAAUGGUAUUAUACGUUAUUUUGGUACAUUUAUUUUUCUUAUUGGAAUUAUUUCAAGUGUAUUGAGUAUUUGUGUUUUUGCAAGAAAACCUCUUCGACGAAAAUCAUGUUGCUUUUAUUUCUUGAUAUUAGCAAUAAGUGAUUCAAUUCAUCUAUUAACAAUGAUUAUUGAACAUCUACCAUAUAGUUUUCAUAUAGAUUUAAUUAUUAUUCAUACAAUUGUCUGUAAAAUAAUAAUAUUUCUUAUUUAUUCUUCAAAUCAUUUAUCAAAUAUUAUUCUUACAUUAGCAUCAGUAGAUCGAUUUAUAUUAAUUUAUUGUCCAUCGCAUUCAAAACGUUAUUGUAAUAUUCGCAAAGGUAAAUGGUUUGUUUUCAUCAGUAUAAUUAUUGUUUUUAUUGCUAAUGGACAUAUUUUAUAUGGUUAUGAAAAAAUCUAUUUACAUGAUAAAGAAUUAGAUGAAUCCUAUGAUUGUAAUAUACGUGAAGAAAAUAUUUUCUAUAAGAAUUUAUUUCAAUUUUAUGAUUCAUAUAUUGAAAGUAUUUUUUUAAUUAUUAUACCAUUUUCUAUUAUGUUUAUAUGUUCAUUAUUAAUUAUAUUUCAAAUAAUUCAAACACGAAAAACAAUACAUUAUAAUAAAAAAGGCAAAUUUUAUUAUUAUACAUUUUAUUCAAAAGAAACAAUUCGACCAACAUUUCGAAAAACAUUAAAAGAACAAAGGAAACUAAAAGUACGUGAUAAAGAUGUACAAUUAAGUUGGAUGUUAAUUGGAACAACAUUUACAUUUCUUAUUCUUUGUUUACCAACGGAAAUUAAUGAUAUAUUUAACUAUACUGGUCGUGAACGUUCUUGUUUUGAUUGGUUUCGAAAAGUUAUUUUAACUCUUAUGCAACAAAUUUAUUAUGCUGGACAUUUUUAUAUUUAUACAUUAACAGGACAAUUAUUUCGAAAACAUUUAUAUGCAAUUUUUUUCGAUCGACAUCAUCAUCAUCAAUCAAUUUCUCAAAGAGAAAGUCAAUAUUUUUCAACAGGAAUUUUCUCCAGUAUUAAUAAGAGACAUCAUAAUAAAUCAAAUACUGCAAAUUAUAAUGAAGAAUCUAAACCAUCAAUUGUUACUACUAAUUUCACAAAUACAACAAUACAUCAUCUAACAACAAAUUGUGAAAUACAUCGAAUUCAAACAGAUGAUAAUAAUACUUCAAAUGAAUCAUCGCAACAAUUUAUUUUUGUCUCUAAAGAUAAUUUAAAUUUACAUUAA